ACGCCUUACCCGUUAUCUGUAUAUUCUUAAAUCUCCCGAAGUUCCAAAUUAUUGCCAAACAUUAAAUUUACUAGAUAGUCAUGUGAAAGCUUCGUAUAAUAUGUGUGGAGACUAAGAAAACUAUUUGGUAAACUUUGCGAAAAGUUUUAGUACUUGCCUGCAUAAGAUUUAAUAUCUAAUAGUAAUGUGCUGAUACUCUUCCGUGAAAUAUUUAAUCGAAGACAUAAUGGAAGUAUGUUAUUACAUGCAAGUGGCAGAAGAAAAGAACAGAAUAUCUUCAACAGGAAAAUGUAACGCAUGAUGUAUGAUCCUUAUGAAAAGUAUGAGAAUUAUGAAUCGAGUACAAACUACAACGACAUCUUCACCGCUAAUUAUACUUUAAGCACUGCAGACUACGGCGACAAAAGUGUAUUGGGUAAUACAACAUGGGAAGACGAGGAGAUUUGCGCGCCGGCACCACCUGGCAGCUUGCUAUCAACUACAACAUUUCAAUUUUCCGUGCUGUUCAUGUACUGCACUGUAUUCAUAGUGGCUCUAGUUGGCAAUGGGUUAGUUUGUUUCGUCGUGCAAAGUUCCCCGCGAAUGAAAACAGUGACAAACUAUUUCAUAAUGAAUCUAGCUAUUGGUGAUAUUCUGAUGACUAUAUUCUGUGUACCAUUUUCAUUUGUCUCAAUGCUAGUGUUGAGGUACUGGCCGUUUGGUAUUGUAAUGUGUAAAAUUGUAAACUACUCGCAAGCUGUCUCAGUUUUGGUGAGCGCGUAUACCCUACUAGCCAUUUCUAUUGACCGAUACAUGGCCAUCAUGAGGCCGUUAAAACCUAGAUUGGGCAAGACUGCGGCCAAAAUGGUAGUCGCUGCAGUAUGGGGAGGGGCUCUUUCUACAGCUGGCCCGAUAUUCAUCGUGUCCCGGAUUGAAAGACCUACUGAAUGGCAUCAAUAUUGCAAAGCGGACAUUUGCCUGGAACAGUGGGGACGACCGGAGCAAAGUCACCAAUAUUCUUGUGCACUGAUGGUACUGCAGUUUGGAUUGCCACUGGCGGCGCUUGUGUGCACGUAUGCGCGUAUAGCACAUGUAGUUUGGGGCGGACGUCCUCCUGGCGAAGCGCAGACUGUUCGAGACAUGCGGAUCCAGCAUUCAAAACGAAAGAUGAUUAAGAUGAUGGUGACGGUGGUGGUCGUUUUUACUGUAUGCUGGCUCCCACUCAAUAUAUUUAUCAUUCUAUGGACCAUCCACGAACAAGACGAGGAUUGGGCAACGUGGCCGGGCAUGCCUUAUGUCUGGUUCGUCAGCCACUGGCUGGCCAUGUCACAUUGCUGCUACAACCCAAUUAUAUAUUGCUAUAUGAACACAAGAUAUCGAAGAGGUUUUAAACAGGUAUUGGGUAAUGUGCUGCCCAUUCGUGAUCAUCCAUCGCAGUCACAUCGGCGAUCUAGUUUAUGUGAUGGUGUUCCUAUGUCAGAACUGGUCGGCGGCGUCAACGGGAUCGUUCGGCGAGGCACCACCAGCAGCUGCAGCGGCAGCCGACUGCACCGAGCUGCGACGUGCUCGUCGACGACCUCGACGCGUCGCGGAUACGCUGCGUGCGCUUCGUCCGCGCGACUAGCAGCGCCCGCGCCGCCGCCGCUGCCACUCGCGCCCGUGCGAGCACUUUCUUUACGUUCACGGUUUCAUGAGCGUUAAUUUAUUUCUGAAUCUUUUCAUGCAUGUAGACUUAUAUCUACUUAACCAUGACCAUGGUGACGCCGAUUGCGAUUAUAAGCGCAAUAUGGUUUUGAACCAUCCAAUGAAACUGAAAUAAUAUAGGUAGUUUUAAAUAAAAUGUAUUCUUGUUAUGUUUUUUAAACCACUUUGACGCGCUGUGUUUUUAUAAGUGGGAGGUUCCGGGUUUAAUCCCGACUGGGGUAAUUUAGGAAUUUAUAAUUUCUUCGGCUCCAGCCCUGGGUAGUUACCACCCUACCGCAAAUCCAAACCGCCAAGCGAUUUAGCGUUCCGGUACGAUGCCACGUAGGAAGCGAUUUGCGAGUACAUACAUAUACAUAUAAGUACAUGUUCUAUAUACCAUCCUUUUUACCUACUUGAAGAUACGUACUUUUUUCCCGUGAUUGAUUAUACUCAUAAAUCAAUACUUCACAUUUUGAUCGAGAAUAUUUGAAUGAUGCAACAGAAGUAUAGUGUUGGGCAUCUUCCAGUUUUUACACUUCUAUAAAUACUUACGUAUUUGCGUCCUUGCAUAGUUGGUAAUGCAAAACAUAAAUAGAUUAUUUAUAACAUUACCUACAUACAAAAUCCAUACGGUCUACUAACAUUAUAA